CUUGCGACGUCACGCAACGUGACAGGAAGUAGUUCAUGCUUUGUAACCAGCUGAUAAAACGACAACACUCUGCCAGACGCUGAUCAAAGGUUUACAAAGAUGGCGUACCCCAAGUCCCAUAACCCCUUUGCAGAUGAGGAGGAGGAGGAAAGCGGGUCAAGCGGGGGGUUUGACGACCCAAGUUACCGUGGGCUGAGUGAGGCGGAGAGGAAGCAGAGAUACUUACAACAGGAAGUGAUGCACACAGCCAAGUCCGCUGUUGACAGCAGUCAGCGCUCCCUGGCUCUCAUCUACGAGUCUGAGAAGAUGGGCGUUGAGACUGCAGAAGAAUUGAUGCGUCAAGGAGAGGCUCUGAAAAGGUCUGAGCGGAUGGUGGACAACAUGGACCAGGACCUGAAGACCAGCCAGAAACACAUCAACAGCAUCAAGAGCGUGUGGGGAGGUCUAGUGAAUUACUUUAAGGCCAAGCCCGAGACCAAGCCAGAGCCGGAGCAACCUCCUUCCUACCAGGCGAGCGACAAAUUGCAGAAUGCCCUUGGCAGUAGUAAACAGCAUGAGGACAAAUACCAGGCCUGCCACCCCAACCUGAGGAAGCUUGACAAUGAAGGGUUUGGUGCCUCCGCGUCGGUGGAUGAUGGCUCGUCCAGGAGGAACGGCCACCCUCAGAACCAAUACCUCCAGAAUGCUCACAAGACUCUGGACAACAACCUCGAUGAGAUGUCAAUGGGCCUGGGCAGGUUGAAGAGUUUGGGACUGGGUCUCCAGUCUGAGAUUGAGGACCAGGACGUCUCUCUGGACAAACUCCUGGGGAAGGUUGACAAGAUGGACCUGAAGAUCAACAACACCAACCAGCAGUUAAAAAACCUCAAAUGAAAAAACACUCAGGACGGACUGACACAGAUCAAAGACCGACUGACCUAUCUGCCUAUCUAUCUGCCUACCUGGGUUCUAUAUUCCUGUACCAUAAACUCCCUAUCUUGGAUUUAGAUGUCUGUAAAUUGUAUUGCUUUCAGUCAUUCUUAUGAACAAGUAAGCCAUGAUAAUUUAUUUUACAGAUGGAAUAUCUAUACAUCCACUCAUUUGAUAAGACUGACAUGACAUUUUCCCCCAUAUGUAAAGUUACCAAUGUCUCUGGUCUGUGUUUUCUGGUAUAAAUAUGCUGCAGUCACAGCUGUUCUGUAGUGGAACGAUUCUGGAUUGUAUCACUCUGAUGUACACAUACCCAGCUUCUCUGUAAUCAUUGGCAUAGCCAGAAGGCGUCAGGAGGCGUACUGUCUGUAGUCCACCUCCCGGUCCUCUUUCCCAUUAUUACAGGGAAAGCAGUUAGAUAUGGUUGCCAUUGUGUUGUCUCUAUCCUCUCCUUAUUGGAUCAUCGAUGUGAUGAAGUAUAAGAAGAACCACACGUUUAGGCCUCUAGAAGCCUCCAGACCAUUUGCCUUAUGUAAUCUGUUUAGAGGCUUGUGUGAUUGAGGAUGAUGUCGAACUGUCACACUUAGAAUUAUGAACUUAAGUGCAGUUAUUCUAUGGAAAUUGCUGCUUCAAACUGAUCCACUUCUAUACCUACAUUUUAUGGAAAUAUCUAUCUUCAUUCGAUGUUUAUUUCUUAAUGUCUGUUUAUUUUGUUUGUUUGCUGUGUUGGAUGUAACAUGGAUAAUGGUUUGUGUGGAUAACAAGCUCCACAGGCUAAAUUAUUCAGAUUCGUCUAUGUUACCGUGGUUGUAGGCUACGUCAUUUAAGUACCUGAUGUAGAUUAAAAAGCCAAAUCACACAAACCUCA